AUGGGGGAGCCUUUUAUUUAUUAUGAAGCCGACUCCGAGCAUCUCCCCGAGCCCCCCCCCCCCCCCCGCGGCUGUGGGACCCUCCCCGCGCGUGGGCCGGGGGCUUUCCUGGAUGACACCAAAGUGAAGAACUUCAUCACUUGCUUCAAAGACGUGACCUUCCUCACGUUCUUCUUCACGCGGCUGGAGCGGAACCGCAGCGGCCGCUACGAGCGCGAAUUCCCGUUCGUGUCCCGCUGCGGCGCGGAGCGCAACCUCCUGCGCUGCGAGCACAGACCCAUCGUCUUCACCCGCCUCCUGCCCCCGGACGCCUCCUCCUCAGCCUCCUCCUGCUCCCGCCGCGCCGUGCUGUCGUUCUGCGGCGGCGGGGAGCGGCUGGCCGUGCCGUUCCGGCCCGAGGCGCUGGUGAUGCUGCCGGAGAACGGGCGCUUGUACCACCCGGCGCCGGGCCGGGCGGGGGGCGCGGGGCCGGUGCGCUCGGCGCUGGCUCUGGAGUGGGGGUCCCGCUUGGAGUACGAGCAGGGGCCGGAGCAGCCCCCGACUCACUUUUGGUGGGAGGGGAAGAGGUAUCGGCUCACGGGGGAGCUGGUGGAGCUGCUCAGCCGGCACAGCUCCGCCGGGAAACCCUCCUCCCCCUGCGUGGGGGUGUGGUGGCCGGAGCCCCGCGGCGGCUGCGAGUAG